GCCUCUCUCUUGUCUGAUCGAUCACGUUUCCCAAGUCUCCGUCACGCAAAAGACGGGUCGGGGUUUUUGUUAUAUAGUUGAGCCCCUUCCUCUCCUAAUCAGGGCUUUUUUUGGGGAACCUGUCCACAACCUUCCCGGUUGUCUCCACGAUCCUGGCCUUGACGAACUCUUUUUUUAUUUUUUUUUUUUGGAAAGCCAGACCUAACUCAGCGGGGAACGUUGAGGUUCACUCCUUUCGCAGCCAAGGAGACAUCCCAGUCAUGGCUGGUCCGAAGGCUUCAAAGGUCGGCCACGUCCUCGCAAAGGGCCUGGGCAUCAAGGUCCAGUAUCGAGACCCUUUGGGAGCCGGGGGAGACCCUGUUACUCGCGGUGAAUCGACUUUCUCGACCGGUACAGCAGACACCUAUGUCGAGCCCGAGCCAACCACGGCCGAAUGGAUUCGCGAACAUUUUCCAACAUGGCGCCAGGUCGGACACUAUUUCUACAGUCUGUUCCCAUUUCUGCAAUGGAUCACAAGGUACAACCGACAGUGGUUGUUUGGUGACCUGGUAGCCGGGAUAACGGUCGGUGCUGUCGUCGUGCCCCAAGGUAUGGCUUAUGCUAAGCUGGCCGAGCUGCCGGUUCAAUACGGCCUGUACUCCUCGUUCAUGGGCGUGUUGCUCUAUUGGUUCUUUGCCACCUCAAAGGACAUUACCAUUGGACCCGUUGCUGUCAUGUCAACCCUGACCGGCGAUAUUGUCCUCAGAGCAAAGGCAGAACAUCCGGACAUCCCAGGUCACAUCAUUGCGUCUGCUCUGGCUAUCAUCGCUGGGGCCAUUGUUUGUUUCAUCGGUUUAAUCAGAUGCGGUUGGAUUGUGGACUUCAUCCCGUUGACGGCCAUUUCGGCAUUCAUGACUGGAUCCGCCAUCAACAUCAUAGCUGGACAAGUUUCAACCAUGCUGGGAGAAGCUAAAUUCAACACGAAGGCUGCCACUUACAUGGUCAUCAUCAACACCCUCAAGUUUCUCCCCACCUGCAAGCUAGAUGCGGCGAUGGGCUUGACGGCCCUGGCCAUGCUUUACAUCAUCCGAUACGCUUGUACAUACGCAGCGAAGAAGAAUCCUCGGCGGGCCAAGUUGUUCUUCUUCAUGUCGACUAUGCGGACGGUGUUCGUGAUCUUGUUUUACACCAUGAUCAGCGCUGCAACGAACCUCCACCGCCGAAGCAACCCGGCGUUCAAGCUUCUAGGUACUGUACCUCGAGGCUUCCAGCAAGCUGGAAAGCCGGUGGUGACGACCGAGAUCAUCAAGAUAUUUGCAAACGACAUCCCUGCCGCAGUGAUCGUGCUGCUCAUCGAACACAUUGCCAUCUCCAAGUCUUUCGGCCGAGUCAACAACUACACGAUUGACCCGUCUCAGGAACUGGUCGCGAUCGGCGUCACCAAUCUGCUUGGUCCCUUUCUGGGCGCCUACCCCGCAACAGGCUCCUUCUCCAGAACGGCCAUUAAAUCCAAAGCCGGUGUCCGCACUCCGUUGGCUGGCUUGAUCACCGCGAUCGUUGUCUUACUUGCCAUUUACGCUCUCCCGGCAUUGUUCUUCUACAUCCCUCAAGCGUCGCUCUCGGGGGUUAUCAUCCAUGCUGUUGGCGAUCUGAUCACUCCGCCUAACACCGUUUAUCAGUUUUGGCGGGUCUCGCCCAUCGAAGCGAUCAUUUUCUUCAUUGGUGUCAUUGUUACCAUCUUUUCUUCCAUCGAGAACGGCAUCUACACCACUAUCUGUGUCUCUGUCGCUGUCCUGUUAUUCCGAGUGGUGAAGGCACAGGGCCACUUCCUUGGUCGAGUGAAAAUUCACUCGGUGGUGGGGGAUCACUUGCUCGAUCCUGACGGAAAAUAUGGCGCUCUCGCCGGGAGCCAGCCGCGGGAACCCCAGGAUACAGACAUCGCGUAUCGCAACGUCUUCCUUCCGACGGAUCACCAAGACGGCUCGAAUCCCAUGGUGGAGCCAGAACAGCCGCAUCCCGGUAUCUUCAUCUACCGAUUUACUGAAGGAUUCAACUACCCCAACGCGAACCACUACACCGAUUAUCUCGUCGCGACGAUCUUCAAGGCCACUCGGCGAACAAACCUCCAGACAUAUCCCAGACUGGGAGAUCGGCCCUGGAAUGAUCCCGGACCCCGUCGCGGUAAGACGGAGGACGACCGCUCGGAUCUUCCGACACUCAAAGCGAUCAUUCUUGAUUUCUCCUCUGUGAACAACGUCGAUGUCACCUCCAUCCAGAACCUGAUCGAUGUCCGCAACCAGCUGGAUAUGUAUGCUGCCCCGGAGCCUGUCCAGUGGCACUUUGCCCACAUCAAUAACCGAUGGACCAAGAGAGCCCUCGCGUCAGCAGGAUUUGGAUACCCCACUCCCGUCCAGGACUCCGGGUUCAGACGAUGGAAGCCCAUCUUCAGUGUGGCGGAAAUCGGAGGCAGUUCUUCAGCCGCGGCCGCGGCCGAUAUUGUGAAUCAACAACAAGACUUGAAGGUUGAGGAUGUCGAAUCUGGCGUCGUUCGGCAAUCUCACACUACCGAACGUGAAAGACAUGGCGUUGAGGGCAGCUCAGACGGUAGCAAUGACGGCGACGACCUGCGGCGGGAGCUGACCAGCAGCAAGGCCUAUCACCAUCGGAAGGUGGCCCUUGUGCAGGGCAUCAACCGACCGCUCUUCCACAUUGACUUGACGAGCGCUCUUCAAAGUGCCAUUGCCAAUGCUGAAGAGCUCGAAGCAUAUAAAAAGGGUCUCACAGAGGAAUGAUUUCGUGUGUAAAUCCCGUCUCACCUGGCGUGGUGACGGGGAAUUGAGA